GAUGUCAUGGCCUGUUGUGUGAACACAAAUAGAACACUGAUACUCAAUAAUUUCAGCCAUUUCUUAGGGAAACAAUUAUUAAUUGCAGUUUUUGUAUUUUGUGCAGAAAUUUGUACUGAACAAACGUGAAAUGGAGUUGUUGAAGUUAGAAAACAAGGUUAGGUUUAUCCUUGCAGUUGUGAAGGGAGAGAUCAUUGUAAGUAAUAGGAAGAGAGCUGAUCUGUUUGUUGAGCUGCAAACAAAAGGUUUCAGUCCUUUUCCAUUUGGAUCUAAAGCUGUUGAGCCAGAAGUUGCUGGUGCAACUGAUGAUACAGAAGAAACAGAAGUGAAAUCUCCUGCUGACAACAGUAGUAAUGGGGUACAGAUAAGUGAUUAUGAGUAUCUACUGGCCAUGGCAAUUGGAAGCUUGACCAUUGAGAAGGUUCAGGAGUUAUGCGCUGAAAGGGAUAAGGUCAAUAAGGAGGUUGAUGAUUUGAGAAAGGAAACUCCAAAGUCCUUUUGGAGGACAGAUGUUGAUGCUUUGGAGGGGCAACUCGAUGAGCUAGAGAGAAGUGAUGUGAGUCAGAGGAGUUAAGAAAGAAAAUGAGAGGCAAAGCAAGGGGUGAAGCUGCUAUGAAGUCUGCUAGAGAAGCACCCAAGAACCCACGGAAGAACAAUAAUAAGAAGGCAAAUAAUGCAGAAUCUGUUGCAGAAGCUGU